CUCUGCAGUCCUCCGAUGUAGUGCAGAUCAGGUGGUUGCAGAGCCCCAGCUAGCAGCAAUACGAUGCAGCUGAGGAGGCGAGCACAAUCCACAGACAGCAACUGUAGCUACUCUCUAGAACAAGACGACCUCUAAGCUCAAAUCUUGCACAGAAACGAUGUACUGACAUUACAGAAGAGACUACGGCAGCAAUGGAACACCAGACACUGAAAACAUCUACCUGCCUGCUGGCCCUCCUGUUUGUCAUCCCCACUGUGCUGGGUGUUUGUCCUUCCAACUGCACAUGCUCAGGAAACGACAGGAACGUGGACUGUUCUGGCAGAAACUUAACUGUGUUGCCACAUGGACUUCAAGACAACAUUACAUAUUUAAAUCUGUCCUUUAACCAGUUUACAGACCUUGAUCAUCAGCUGACCAGAUUUACCAAUUUGAGGACCCUCGAUAUUUCAAACAAUUGGCUCAAGAACAUUCCUGCCCAUCUGCCCAAGUCGUUAUGGGAAUUAUAUGCCAUAAAUAACAAUAUCAGAGUUCUCCAGAAACUGGACACAGCUUACCAGUGGAAUCUGAAAGUGCUCGACGUUUCCAGGAACAUGGUGGAAAGGGCUGUUCUGAUCAACAACACACUGAGCAGCCUCAAGUUUCUCAACCUCAGUAGCAACAAACUCUGGACGGUUCCCACCAACAUGCCCUACAACAUCGAGACGGUGGAUCUGUCCAACAACUUCCUGUCGCAGAUCCUGCCGGGGACGCUCGUGAGACUACGCCGCCUCAGCAGCCUCUACCUGCACAACAACAAGUUCACGUACAUUCCCGACAAAGCUUUUGACCAACUCUUCCAGCUCCAGGCAGUCACGCUGUACAACAACCCGUGGUCCUGCAGCGACAGGCAGAACAUCCUCUAUUUGCUCCAGUGGGUGCAGGGGACGGGCGCCAGCGUCCUCGGGGCGCCCUGCGCCAACGACACGGGGCUCUGGGCGCCCACCACGCCACUGGCGGCCACUGCCACCGCCACAGAGCCAAACCUCCUCAUUCAAGGAAUGAAGGCAGCAGACAAAGUUACCCUGAUGGCAACCGAACCAAGCAAAAUGACCAAAAUGCACAAACAAUUCAAAGUUAAGGAAGUUGCUUUAGCUGCUACCUUAGGCCAAACCGUACUGUUCACAAGCACAGACCGACCGCUCCUGCUCUACCCAGAAGACGUGACCACGGGCAAAGCGAGCUCGCAUGAAGCGGCCACCACGCGCACAAUCUACAUGAGGGAUCCGACCGAGGGGAACUCGAGCGCGGCCCGCGCCACAGCUCCCCCCAGCACUCCCUUGACGCUGGGCAUCACCAGCGGCCUGCCCACAAACCGCUCCAGGACGCCUCAGAGCACAACCGCUGCCUUAAGGAAAGAGGAAUCCACCACAAAUAUUUUGAAUACCCACGUGCCCUCCAAAGCAAGUACCCAGGAGGUGUGUUUGUUCUGUGUUAUAAUGCUUAGUGCAGUGGCAAUGUUUAUUGGUAAGGGCCUGUAA